AUGGCGAAAGCUCGUGAGCCCGUCUCCUCUGGAACCUCUUCUGGCGAGGAGGAAACCGAAAAUUCUUCGUCUGAGGAAAUCGGAUCUGAGCCCGAACAGAUCCGGAAGACUUCCCCACCGCCGGCCGCCGCGAAAAAACCCCAUACCCCUUCCGCCAUAAUACCCGCCCAGGAUUCGGAAUCCGAAUCCGACAGGAAAGCCAGUAAAAAAUCCAAGCCGAAGAAGUCGAGGGCCAGAUCUAAAGCCAGGAAGAGGGCCGUCGAGGAGGUUAAGGGGACGGAGCCCACUGUCACUAUGAAGUCGAAGAAGAGUAAGAAGGCUGAACCCGAGAAGAAACAACCGUUCCAGAGGAUAUGGAGCGAGGCGGACCAAAUCACGAUCCUCAACAAAAUUCUGCAGUUCAGGGCCGAGAAGAAUUCCGACCUGAAUGAAAAUUUUGACGCUUUUUUUGAGUUUAUCAAGAAGAAUUUGCAAAUUGAGGCGACGAGGGCCCAGCUGAGGGAUAAGAUUUCUAGGAUGAAAAAGAAGUAUACAAACAACAAAAGAAAGGAGCAUGAUGGUAAAGGAAGAACCUUUACGAGCCAGCAUGAGCGGGAAGCCUACGAUCUGUCGGAGAAAGUGUGGGGUGCUGAGAAAGAAAAUGCCAAUGGAAGUGGGGCCGAGAAAGAAAACGGCAAUGGAAGUGGGUCUGAGAAAGAAAACCCCAAUGGAAGUGGGGCCGAGAAAGAAAACCCCAAUGGAAGUGGGACCGAGAAAGAAAAUGCGGCUGGUGAGAAAGAAAACAUGGUCGAAAAAGGCAAUGGAAGUGGUAGUGAGAGGUUUGUGUGGAUGAGUGAAAGCUUGUUGAGGGGUUCAGGGGAUGUUCCAGCUGUUGAGGACAAGGAGGGGAAAAUGGGAAAUAAGGAGGACGAUGAGGCAUUGGAGAAUCUGGAGAUUGAAGAGAUGAAGGUUCCCGGGGCCAUUGAUGGUGUGCAUGCAGCUCGUGAGCCCGUCUCCUCCGGAAUCUCUUCUGGCGAGGAGGAAACCGAAAAUUCUUCGUCUGAGGAAAUCGGAUCUGAGCCUUCCCCACCGCCGGCCGCCGCGACGAAACCCCAACCCAAAACCCCUUCCGCCAUAAUACCCGCCCAGGAUUCUGAAUCCGAAUCCGACAGGAAAGCGAGAAAAAAAUCCAAGUCGAAGAAGUCGAGGGCCAGAUCUACCAGAAAGAGGGCCGUCGAGGAGGUUAAAGGGACGGAGCCCACUGUCACCAAGAAGUCAAAGAACAGCAAGAAAGCCCGUGAGCCCGUCGAGGAAACCGACGAUUCCUCGUCUGAGGACAUCGGAUCUGAGCCCGAACAGAUCCGGAAGACUUCCCCACCGCCGGCCGCCGCCUCCGCUUCAGCGGCCAGAUCUAGAAGGAAGAGGGCCGUCGAGGAGGAUAAGGGGACGGAGCCCGCUGUCACCAAGAAGUCGAAGAAGAGUAAGAAGGCUGAACCCGAGAAGAAACAACCGUUCCAGAGGAUAUGGAGUGAGGCGGACGAAAUCACUAUCCUGAACGGAAUUCUCCAGUUCAGGGCCCAGAAGAAAUCCGACCUGAAUGAAAAUUUUGACGCUUUUUUUGAGUUUAUCAAGAAGAAUUUGCAAAUUGAGGCGACGAGGUCCCAGCUGAGGGAUAAGAUUUCUAGGAUGAAAAAGAAGUAUACGAAUAACAAGAGAAAGGAGCAUGAUGGUAAAGGAAGAACCUUUACGAGCCAGCAUGAGCGGGAAGCCUACGAUCUGUCGGAGAAAGUGUGGGGGGCUGAGAAAGAAAACGGCAAUGGAAGUGGGUCCGAGAAAGAAAACCCCAAUGGA